ACUGUUGGUGACAUAGUGGAGGAAAGAGUGGAAGCAGGCUUUACCAUGGAGGAAACUGAAGUUGCCGAGUCGCGUUGCGUGUUCCGGGGUAUAGAACACAUACUGCGUGUUCGGAACGCCGGAAACCGCCUCGAGGUGGAAGUGGAGGAUGCGCUGACCACCGACCAGUGGAGAGGAGAGUUUGAUGCGGAGUUUAUAGAGGACCUCACUCACAAGACUGGCAACUUCAAGCAGUUCUCAAUCUUUUGCAACAUGCUGCAUUCUGCCCUCACCCAGACCAGCGAGUCGGUUACGCUUGACCUCUUGACUUAUGCAGACCUGGAGUUGCUGCGUCAUAGAAAAGUAGGAGGGGCUCCUAGGCAAGCCCCACCCCCAAGAAGCUCCAACCUUGGUUCAAAGCGCUAUCUGAUCCUUAUUUACUCAGUGGAAUUUGACAGGAUACAUUACCCUCUCCCUUUACCCUAUGUUGGCAAGCCAGAUCCUGUCUACCUGCGCCAGGUAAUCCGAGAGUUAAAGGACGAGCUUGCGGUUCUGAGAGCAGCUCCUGGCGAGCAGAGCAGGGAAGGAGAAAUCCGGCAACUACGUGAGGAGCUUCAGAGGGUGAUGGAUGAGAAAAGGGAGGCAGAGCUGGCGCUGCAAAGACUGCAAGAUCUGGACAUCACCAACGAGAAGGAGGCCGGUUGCACGCGGAUCUUAAAGAAGGCCAUACAGACCCUGGAGUCAGAGCUACAAAAAGAGAGAAUAAGGAACCAGCGAAUGGCUAGUAAGAGACGUGAAGAAUGCCGGCUGCUGGCGGAGCAGCUAGAAGAGGCUCGAGCUGCAGAACGCACCCUUCGACUGAAGGUGAAAAGCCUAACCACGGAGCUCGCCAUGUACAAGAGAGGACGGGUGACACCUACCGGACCUUCUCCCCAAGGCCGAUCCAGCUCUACAGGCCGUGGGUCAUCACAGCGAAGUGGAUCCAGAGGAGAAUGUGUGGUUAGGAAGGACCGAUCUGUAUCACGGGAGCGUACCGGGAGGAGCUCUGGAGAGGGAAGGAAUCUAGUGAGGCAGCCAAGGUUAUCGGCCUCUCCUGUCGGAAUUCGACCCCCAAGGUUUGACCCUACAGCCUAUGUCAAAGACCGGGAACGCAAACAGAAAGAGGUAGAGCAGAAGAUUAGGGUCAGACGGGUGUCAGGAUCCCCAUCAAGCGUGAGAGGUCAGAGACGCAGCUCAUCAGUGGAGAGUCUUCGUAGUCAUCGUUCUUACCAAAGUUCUGCGGACGAAAUGGACGACAGCGAGCCUUCGGCCAUCAGUGGUGACAGGCGUACAGCAACACGUGGGAGACGGCCUUUCGCACCUUCCACCUGGAACAGCCACAAUACUGGUCAGCAGCGGACGAGGGAAAGGUCGGCUGGUAGAAAAAGGCUUUCUAGCACCCCAGCACAUGACCGGAAAACUGAAAAGGAAAACCGCUUUGAUCCCCUUUCCGACCUGUCGGAUAUCGAUGCUCGGCUGCAGGCAUUGCAAGAUUACAUGAGGAACCUGGAUACCCGCACUUAGAACGCUCUCUCAGACUAUGGAAGUAUAACUCGGUGCCGGCUUCUAGCCGGAGGGCGAAGAAACACUGGCUUCCCCUCAGCUUCUUUUCUUGCAUUGUAUUUUUAUAAACGGUCAGACUCUGGAAUACUUCAGAUAUCCACAUGGACUUUUUAAAGGUGAUAGGACAAUCUUUGUGUGGUUUCUUACUUUGUGUGUUUAUCUGUUAGACUUGCGUAUAACCAUAAUGUUCAAUCCUGAAUAAUGUGCCGCCGGCAGCAUGGCCGCUGCUGAAUUUUCAGCCUAAUUA